AUGGCCUUGAAGGGGCGGGACGUGGCCGGAACUAAAGUGCUGGGGUUGACUAUGAGUACGCUAUAUGAAGGCCGGGUUUGUGUGUUGCGCUUCGUGGGCGCCCGUCUGCUCUGCUUCCCCUCGCCUUUGAAGAGAACAGUCACCACACUCAUGGCAGGGAUUUUGCGCUCAAUAGUUCAGAAGCCCCCAGAUGGACUCCAAACUGUAACAAAAGGUGUGGAGUCUCUCAUUUGUACAGAUUGGAUUCGUCACAAAUUUACCAAGUCAAGAAUUCCAGAUAAAGUAUUUCAGCCUUCACCUGCAGAUCAUGAAAAAUAUGGUGGGGAUCCACAGCACCCUCAUAAACUACAUAUUGUUACCAGAAUAAAGAGUACAAAAAGACGUCCAUAUUGGGAAAAAGAUAUAAUAAAGAUGCUUGGAUUAGAAAAAGCACAUACUCCUCAAGUUCACAAGAAUAUACCUUCAGUGAAUGCAAAACUGAAAGUGGUUAAACAUUUGAUAAGAAUCCAGCCCCUGAAGUUGCCGCAAGGACUUCCAGCGGAAGAGGACAUGUCUAACACGUGCCUCAAGAGCACUGGGGAGUUAGUGGUGCGGUGGCAUCUAAACCCUGUAGAUCAGGAAGCAGUUAAGUCCUAAUGCCAGAGCAGUUUCAUAUUUAAAAAUGAUUCAUGGCAAGUUGUUUCUUCAAAGGCAGUCAGUGUUGAAGAGAGAAACUAGCAAGAUGUGUGCUAAUGAGGGAGCACAAGGCAAGCUGACAGACCACAAACACCCCCUACAACCCAACCAGGUGGGAUAUGUGUGAGACUCCUCAGGCACUCCUGGCUGCCCAAGAACAAAGGAGAGCGGAAAACAAAAGGUUAACUGAUAGAGAUCAUAGUCCUUCAGGACCUAGGUCUCCGCUAGCCCUCCACAGUGGGAAACAAAGGCAGAAGGAAAUGGCAGAUAGAACUCCAGUCCCUUGUAACAUGCAGCCCAUUGACAAAUACUUGAGGCUGGCAGAGUAAAAUGUUUCUUUAGGAACACCCUACUGUCUUAAUGUUUUGCUAGAAGGAAAAACAGCCUUAGCUUGACAAUAGCUAGGCCUCCAGUGUCCUGUGAGUCUUUAGCAUAUGAAAAUCUCCCUGGAAACUUCCCCUGGACUUUACCUCCCCCAACCCCAUAGUAUAUAAUCAGUCUUUCCUCAUCGUCCAGGGCAGGGUACUUAAAUAAAAUCACCUUUUUGCACCAAA